CAGACGAGCAUCGCAAUUGUGAAAUUGCGACUCACGCGACGCUACCCAACCGCGAUUAUUUCAUUUGAACGUUGAAUGUGAUGCACACGCGGUAACCGAAUCGACUGAUGCGCUGAAGUGUUUUGGUACAUCGUUUAUUGAUUCAUAUUGACAUUACACUACAUAGUUUUUGACAUUUUUUGUGAGUUUGUUUGAGUACCCCUGGAUAAAAGAUGUUCAUUUUACACCAAAAAUAUUAUAUCAUGGUACUUAUCCUUUGGCUUUCAACCUUGGAUGUUUGCCGUUCAAUUAUGGUGGAAUUUGGAACGAGUAAAGGUCCCAUCUUACCGAAGGAACCAUCAAGAAGCAGCAUUCAGCCCAAAAAGAUAGUCACCAGAAGUCCAGCUCCAGUACGAGAAAUUCAAGAAGACAUUCCAAAUCCCAACAGGUACCAACCGCUAGUCCCACAACAGUAUAGAACGAAACUGUACGCCGUCAAACCAAACCCGAACCUUAUUUUGGGUACUCCAUUGGACCAGAAAUACAAUCCCAGUUUGCAAAAAUACAAUCUUUACCGUAAACAAUAUUCAAGAAACCUUGGACCAGAUUACACAGGACCUCAUACCUUCGGAAAACAGGAUUACGAAUUGUAUGAGGUUAAGAAAACUACACUUCAACCGUCCGUUAAGUACAGCGAACAAGAUAUUCAACAUCGAUUUAAAACGAAUCAACAACAAAAUUAUGUACCCCAAAUAGGAGUAAUUUAUUCAGGUGGCGUCAGGUAUUAUGUUCCUCAAAUCGUUUACUUUACGCCAAAUCAAGAGUCAGGAGAGGAAGAAAAUUCUGUUUAUGACAAAAAUGACGAAAAAUAUUACGUUUAUAAUAGACAAUAAGUGAUUCAAUUUUUAGAAUACAUCAAUUCUUUUUGAUAUUCAAAAAUCAAGAAGCAGCUGUCCAUAAAUUUACAUGGAAAAUCGAUCUUCUCGCAUGUUUGUAAGAUUAUCAAUCAGUUAUUCCAUACCAUAAUAAUAAAUAGUAAUUAGACAAACGCCGGCUAUAUUGCGAGUAGGUAAUUUAGUCAUAAAGUCAUCAUUUUUUGAUAUUUAAAAUUUGACACUUUUUUAUCUCCGUGAUAUCAUUGCCUAUGUUCCGAUAUCAAUUGUCAGUACUGAAUUUACUGGACGCCGUUCCGAUAUUAUUUUCAGUACACUGGAUUCAGUCGAUUCAGUACUGAAUGACCAGAGUACGCUGUUGAAAUCGGAACGGCAAAUGACAGUAAAAUCAGCACAGUAAAUCCAGUACUGGCAGUUGAUAUCGGAACAUAGCCAUUAAGUGCCAAUAACGUCUUCUAAAUAUAAAGAAUAAAAUUGUAUUAAUUAAAGCUAAUAAUUGUAUCAAAAUUUAAAUAUCAGUAUCGUCAUUUACUAAAUUGUCAGAAAUAAACUGAACGUAAGUUUUAGUCUAAAUCUUACAAUGCCAGUUCAAAUUUGAAUAUAAACUUGUAAAUAGUUGAAUACGGCCCAAUUUGCGAGCUUAUAAUCUUUAAUUUGUAGGAAUAUUGAAUAAUUCAAGAGUGCUAAUAUAAUAAUUAUGAAAUACUAAUACUUAACACGUAAGUUUUUUGUUUUUAUACCAUAUAUAUUUUAAAUAUAAAUAAAACAAAUUAAUGUGUCAUAGAAUCCAUAUAUUUUUCGAGAACUGUAAAUAGAAACUAUAAAAAGAAAAACUAAAAUGCUGAAUACCAAGUUUCUUGGAAAUACUUUGGAUAUUUUUUUCAGUUUUAUUAUCAUUUUAGGUUAGUUAUAAAAUGUUUGUCAAACCUUUUAAACUUAUCAUUUAAGCUAGCUUUUAUAUCAUUAUGUAUAAAUUUUCCUAUAAACUUAGUAUAUUUUUAAUUUCACAUAUUUUUGCUUUGAAUUUUUUAGCCUCUUCAUGUGGUUUAAUUGAUGUAUAUAUUGAAGAUAAGAUACUUUUGUAAUAAAUAUAAAAAUAAAAAUAUCAAGAGUAA